AUGGAAUCGCCGACGAAACGAUUGAAGGCGGCACUGUUCCUGGAUGCAGACGACGACCCUGCAGCGGACGAUGACCAGGCAGACGGACUGAAAAACGUGAUCGUGUCUCCCCUUCUGUCUCCCUCGGCGAGCGACGACGAGGCACUGGAUGUCGGCGAACGACUGUGUCGCUGGCUUGAAGCCAACGGUGCCGAGUUGUCCAAGCUUCGAAUUGAGACGUACGCACCAGAAGUCCGUGGUGUUCACGCACGAGACCAUAUUGUGGCGAAGGAGCGAGUCAUGCGGAUUCCGUUGAACUGCCUCAUCACGGUCGAAAUGGGCAAAGCAACCGAGCUCGGUCAAAAGUUGCUCCACGUCGAGUUCGCUGCCCCAAAGCAUAUCUUCCUCAUGAUGUACCUGCUCACAGACAUGGAGCUUGGAAAUGGGUCGUUUUUCAAGUGCUACUACGAUUCGCUGCCGAGUACCUUGUCGAACAUGCCCAUCUUUUGGCGCGACGACGAACUCGCGUGGUUGCAAGGGUCCCACAUUCUCCAUCAAAUUGCCGACAGGAAGGCCGCCAUUGAGCGCGACUAUCAAACGAUAUGCGGCAUUGAUCCCGACUUUGGGGAUCGGUUUUCGCUCGACCGGUUCUCGUGGGCGCGAAUGGUCGUGUGCAGUCGUAACUUUGGGCUUACGAUUGACGGCGUCAAGACGGCUGCGCUGGUGCCGUACGCCGACAUGCUGAAUCACUACCGGCCACGGGAAACAUGUUGGACGUACGACGCGUCCGCAGACGGCUUUACCAUCACGGCAUUGCACCCGAUAGCUUCAGGAGCUCAAGUGUACGACUCGUACGGGAAAAAGUGCAACCACAGAUUUCUACUCAACUACGGGUUUGCUGUCAAGGACAACAUCGAGGAAGAUGGUCGCAGCCCCAACGAAGUGUGGAUGCCGUUCGACUUUUUGCCCAACGAACCCCCCAUGCUCACGUCUGCCAAGCGCCAGUACUUGCACGACAGUGGCGUGUCGUCGAUGCAUACUCGCUUCAGCACAUGCCACUCGGACGUCAACACGCGCGAAGGGCUGAGUUUCGUACGGCUCAUCGUUGCCACGGCCGACGAGUUUGAGCACAUGGUGGGGUCGGCGCCCGCACACGCGUCGCCGCCCGUGUCUCUGAACAACGAAAGGCGAGCAUUGCAGCACCUAGGCGCGCUCAUGACUGUCCAGCUGUACCAGUACCAGACGACGCUGGCCGACGACAACGCGAUGCUUGAAUCGCCCGCCAUCGCAAACGAUCCGUACUCAAAUCGCGCACAAGCAUUGUACUUUGUGCGUGGGGAGAAGCAAGUGUGUGCGCACUACCAGCAGUUGGCCCAUGAAGCGCAACGCGUCCUUACGCAGCCGGCGGACGCCAUUCGAGCGAUAUCCCGUGACUUGUACGAGGACAACGACGACGUGCUGAGCUGCUACCUGGCCGACGUGAUCGAGUACUUGGUGCCGUCGAACAGCGAGAGCCCUGACCCAGCCAACGACGAAGACGUGGCGGCAUCGUCAUCACUUGGCGCUCCGGCGGUCCCUUUGGAUUAAUUCGUUCAACUCGUCGCAUGAGAGAAGUCGUCGUCAGAAGGUUCGACGGGACAGUGCUAGGGAAAUAGGCCGAUAAACAAGAGCGACCGCCAGCAAAACCACGGCAGAAACAAUCUUGUAUGACCAUCCAAACAGUGUCUGUCAUGCUGCAUCGUGCGUUGCCGACCGCUCCUGACGACGAGGUCUUGCGCGGAAUCCCGAACGCUUGUCGGCGUCCUUACACGUUGGGUUUGUUCCAAUGCCACCGGGACACCGCUUUUCAACCCCCCUCCUUCGUUGUCGCAAGAGGCUAGACUCUAAGUACUUCCAGUAUGAUCUCUCCGUACGACGAAGGUACAUGGAGAGUGGAUAGAGAAAUUUCGUCCAUCGCACACGUAGAAGGUUGGUGGUACAGCACACGAUGCGACGGAAGAAACGUGUCCGCACAAUCCGCAGACGCAAUGGAUAUGCCAUCGAAAGCCCCCAAGUACAAGAAGAAGUCGUCGCAAGGAGCUCUUACAAUGCACGUCGACUGCAAGCACCAGGCGUGAGCAUACAGACUUCACAGCGCCUCCGCGACCGCGGAAUCGUCUCGAGCCGGC